AAGGGGGAGAGAAGAGGGUCGUUCAGGUCGCAGGUAGAAGUCAGCAGGCUGGGAGGUCGGCUGAGCGAGGUGGUGGGUCCCGUCGUGGAGGAGGCCAUCGAGCCAGGGGAUGCCACCCCGUUGACGGGACCCUCGAGGGAGUCCUCGGUUCCCCGAGCCCCCCCGCCACCCCCACAUCGCGUCACCACAUUGAAACCACCGAGACCUCCGCCCACUACGUCUCAGCAAACACAGGAUCCGGGUCAUCAGACCCAGGAGGUGAACUCGGACGCUCAGAAUCCGGGUCAUCAGGCCCAGAAUCCUGGACAACAGACGCAGAAUCCGGAACACGAGGAAUCUCAGAAGCCGGAUCGCUCGAGCCAGAAUCCAGGCCACUCGGCCCAGAACCCGGCCCACAAUCAUCACAAUCCCGCCCAACAGACCCAGAGAACGGAGCAAUCGGGUCAGAACCCAGGUCACCAGGCUCAGAAUCCUGGCCAUCAGGGUCAAAACCCGGCCAACCCGAGUCAGAACCCAGGUCAUCAGUCGGCGAAUCCGGGUCAUCAGACUCAAAACCCUGGACACCAGCCCCAAAACGUGAGACAACAGAGUCAAAAUCCCGGUCAUCAGGCGACGCAGACGCAACAACAGCCGCAGCCACCGUCUCAACCGCAACCGCAACCACCGCCACCACCACCCCCACCACAACAACAACAACAACAACAACAACAACAAGUAGAGAACCGAACCAGCAGCAUGGGUACCGUGUUGUCGUUCAGCCCGCGUGACAGACGCGGUUCCGUGUAUCCACCACCGGGUCAUCAGCAUCCCGCUGAUUUCACGUUGAACAAUUUCAAUUACGAGCAGUUGAACAACGCGAAGAACCGAGAGAACAAGAGCGGCGUUGCUACGGUGGCGCCGGCGCCGCCUACGAAUCAUCCGCCUACGAACAAUAACUCGUUGCAAAACAACAAUAUCAACCUGAACAACAACGACAACGCGAGGAUCAUCUCGGAGAAGAACGCCCUCGAGAAGAACCUGAAGAAACACUCGUUGUUCAUAAACGCGUUAUCGUGGAAACGGUUCAGCACGUCGAACAAUAACAAGAAGAAGCUCGACAAUAAGAACAAGAACAUUGGGUUCAGGCAACCGCUCGAUAACAUACCCAUCGUCGAUAAGAAUAAGAACAUACAGACGCCUCAGACGAAACCGCCGGCGUCGAACAACAAUCACAACACGCACAACCCGACGUGCGAGAAGCUCGUGCAGAAGCCUUUGCCUCCGAAGCCAAGGAAAACCGUGAUCCAGGCAUCGACCUCGGAAUUGCUCAAAUGCCUCGGCGUCUUCCUUCACAGGAAAUGCACUCGUUUAAGAGACUUCCAGGCUGGAGACGCUGUCAUGUGGCUGAGGACUGUCGACAGAAGCCUGCUGCUUCAAGGAUGGCAGAUGCCACUUAAUUCGAUGUUAAGUGGUGCGCAUAACAACGACGGUCAUCGAGGCGAUGACUGUAAUGGCGGAAUACACUUUCUCAGAAAUUGUGCUGCCUCGUAUGAAACAGAGUGGAAAAAAAGUAAAAGUUUACAGAGGGUUCUAGUAGGGAUGCAGGCCGCUCACCCCUGGCAAAUAUCGACCAGGACCAAUAUAUCUACUUUGUUCAUACUCGUGCUCCGUGUCGCCGUUUUUCCACCCUCCUCCAACGCUUUGGCCAUGUUACAACCAAGCAGGUGUACUCCUCUGUGA